AUGAAAUUACAUACAUUAUCUAAUAUUAGUGGAAAUACAAAUAAUGAAGAGGCAGAAUGUUUAACAGAUAGAAUUGUUUAUCAAUUAUCAAAUUCUAAGUAUAUUGAACAAGGAUGGACUACUGUUAAUCAGGUACAAUGUUUGGACGAUCAUAAUAAUAAUGACAACUUAUUAUUGAUGAAUGAUGAAAUCCAAUCUCGAUAUAUCAACUCAAUUGAUGAUAUACUACAAUUGGAUUUUAUACAACAUGAAUACCCGAAUGGUGAAGUAUUUUUACGAAAGUAUAACGAUAAUACUGGUGUAAUAUUUUAUCCCAAUGGUAAUCCAGCAAUCUUAUUUCUACCGAAUGAAACUAAUUUUAAUAAUAACAAUAAUAAUAAUCAACCACCAGUUGGUUUACUAUUCAUUGUACAUGAUCAGUUGGCACAUUUGAAUUUGAUGAAAUUUAAACAUGGUAAGAAGACGAAGAAAAAUUAUAUUAAUAAUAAUAAAAUGAAAAAAUUCACCAAUAUCGACAAUAACAACAAUAACAAUGUACAAUCAACAACAACAACACCAACAACUGUUGGUCAACUAAUCGGUGUAUUCGAUACAAAUAUACAUGGAGUAAUUUAUGAUAAGCAAAAUAAUAUACGAUUACAAUAUAAUCCAUACGAAGGUGUUCAUUUUAAAGAACCAUUGGAUAAAUGCACAAAACUGAUCAAAUGGAAAUGGUCUGGUGAAACACACGUACACGCACCACCUUUUCAAUCAUUGAUGAUAAAAUUAAAUGAUGUUAUAACACUGAAAAUUUAUCAACGAAACAAUAUUUAUCUUUAUUUUCAAACAAUGAAGAUUAAUUGCAAAUUAAAUCUUGUGAGUAAACAAUUAAAAUUACAAUGGAUAGACACAACACACAGAAUAAAAAGUCCAAAUAAAUAA